AUGUCCAUAAACCCCGAUGCACCCCAGUCCAACGGAGAGCAGGAGCGACAGAUAGCAAUCUGGCAACUAAAGAGAACAAUAGAAAAGCUGGAGUCGUACACAGGAUCUGGAACAUCCGUCAUCUCUCUCCUAAUUCCCCCCGGCGAACAGCUGAGUAGCGUUACUGGGAUGCUAACCAAUGAGUAUGGGACAGCAAGCAAUAUCAAAUCUCGCGUUAAUAAGAACGCUGUGCUCUCGGCGAUCACUUCAGCCAUGAGCCGCCUUAAGUUGUAUAACCGUCUCCCACCGAACGGUCUUGCAGUUUACUGCGGCGAGAUCGAAGAAGACGGCAAGAACACCAAGGUUGUAAUAGACUACACCCCAUAUAAGCCCAUAUCAAACUUCAUCUACCUUUGUGACAGCAAGUUCCACACCGAGCACUUGCGCGAGCUUCUCACCAAUGACGAUACCUUCGGAUUCAUUAUAAUGGACGGUAAGGAGACGCUCAUGGCCACACUGUCAGGUACUGUCAGGACGAUUCUGGAUCGAUUCACCGUAGACCUGCCGAAGAAGCAUGGGCGUGGAGGUCAGUCAUCGGUUCGCUUUGCUAGGCUUCGUGAGGAAGCGAGGCACAAUUACGUCCGCAAGGUCGCAGAAAGAGCGAACAGCCUUUUCAUCAGCUCAGGGCCAACAGGAACUAACAAGCCCAUUGUUUCUGGACUCAUUCUCGGCGGGUCAGCUGAUUUCAAGAAUGUACUCUCAACCUCCGCCAUCUUUGACCAGCGUUUGCAGAGCAUAGUCAUGAAGCAGAUAGACAUCAACUAUGGGGGAGAGCAGGGCUUCAACCAAGCUAUCGAAAUGGCUGGGGACACACUUAAGGACGUCAAGCUUAUUCAGGAGGUCAAGCUCCUUACGGAAUUCACAGAGAACAUUGCAAAGGACACCAAGCGCGUCUGUUUCGGAAUAACUGACACCAUUCGCUGUCUUGAAAUGUCUGCAGUUGAGAAGCUAAUUGUUUGGGACGAUCUCCCUUAUCACCGGGUCACCCUCCAAUGUGUUAUCAAUGGUGAAACCAGUGCCCCCGUGAUAAAGUACCUCUUGAAGUCUCAGAUGAGCAACCCAAAGUACCUAAGAGAGGUCAUCAACGGAGAGGAGGUGCAGCUAGACAUCAUGGGCGAUCAGUUACUCUUAGAGUGGUUUGUUGACAACUACAAGAAUUAUGGCGCAAGCUUGGAGUUUAUAACAAACAGAAGCGCAGAGGGCACCCAGUUCUGCUCUGGAUUUGGUGGAAUUGGCGGACUCUUAAGGUGGCAGGUGGAUCUGGUAGAGGCAGCAAGGUUUAUGCAAGAGAGUGAUGAGGACAGUUUCAUGGACGAUCUCGAGGACUUCAUUUAA